AUGCCGCAGUUUGACUACGACUUGCCCGUUACGAGUUAUCAGAGCGCAAGUAUGAAUGCGGCAGCCUUACGUCGGGACGCAAAAGGCCGGCGCCUCGCACGGCACAAUCUUUCCAUGAGACGCGUGGACCAGCCACGCCAAGCUCGCUCGAACAUAACUCCAUUCGAAACAGAAGAUGACAUCGUGUUGGCACCUAUGUUAUUAAACACGCCUAUGGUGAUACGCCGGAACAGUAGCUACCGCAGAUCUUCUUCGGCAGCCUAUCCGUACCCCAACUACAGCAGGCGUCUGAGGUCAGCUACGCAAACAGCGAACUCGUAA